ACGCAUCUCUUGGUUUUUCCCCUCUGAAAAAAGGGGAGCGGAUAGAGUGAGUAAGAAAGGGGUGGAGAGAGAGAGAGAGAAAGAAAGAGAGAGGGAGAGAGGGAGAGAGGGCAAGCGAGAUGACCAGGAGACGAGAGGCGAAGCAAGGAAAGAGAAAUACACUUUGAACACUUCUUGUUUCCUUGAGCUUCACAAGGAGUUCACAGAACCGGUCAAGAUGGCCUUCUUGUUGAUGUUCGUGACUCUGCUGCAUUUGAUCACGCUGGCCAUGAUGUUCGUCGCCACUAUGGAGAAGUCCUGGUGGACGUGGGAUGAAGUGGAGCGAGCGGAUCUCUGGCACAAGUGCAUCUACGACAACAACACAGACACCUUCAUGUGCACCUCUGCAUCUGAGAAUGAUUGGUUGCAGUCGGUGCAGGCGCUCAUGGUCCUGUCCGUGGUCCUCUCCUCCAUCUCCUUCAUUUUGUUCAUUUGCCAGCUCUUCUCCAUGUCCAGGAGGGCACUCUUCUACUUCAGUGGGCUUACCCAGAUCUUUGCAGGUCUGUCGACGUUUGCAGCAGUCCUGAUCUACACUUUCCAAAGAAAAGAGAUCCUACAAGACCCUCGGGAGCUGAGUAAGGGCCACUUCGGCUACUGCUUUAUCCUGGCCUGGUUGUGUGUCCCCCUGCUGCUCAGUAGUGGGGUUCUCUAUGUCCACCUGCGCAAGAAAACACAUACUGCAGCCUGAAUAAAUCGUUUGGGAAUGAGCCGGUUCUUUGAAUCGACUCUUUUAGAUGUACUUUAAGAGCCGACUCGCACGUACGAGCUUUAUUUUUUUCUCUUUUUGUUCAGUAGCUGUAAGCAGUGUCAGUGUAUUUUAAUCAAAAUCCUAAUAUGAAAAUUUUUUCAACAUCUGACCUGUUUGUUGUGUCAAGCGUGAAUGAUGAGAUGUGUGUUUGACUUCUUUAGUUAAAUAGAUUUUAUUUUUUUAAAAAAGUAAUGUUUUGUCAAGUAAGUUAGAGUAAGAUUAAUCAUAUCUAAGCAAAGAAGUACAAUCACUGUUAGAUAUAUGGAAAACUUUGCCCUUUUUUCCCUUUUUUUUUAAAAGGCAACGAGCCGUUUGGGAUCCGAAAGAGUCGACUCUUAUUGGUGAGUCAAAUGUGAAUCAAAUGAUCAGACUCACUGAAAAGAGCUGGGAUUUCAAUCAUUAACCUAAAGUAUUUUCAUAACCAAAUAUUAAUUAAGCUUAGUCAGAGAUUACAUUAUUUUGCUUUAGGCAAAUAAAAAUCAACAGUCAGUCAGUGUAGUCAGAGUGCAUUUGCUUCUCAUCCCGGAUCCCUUAGCUUCCAUUCUGCCCAAAUCAGUUAUUAUUAUUAUUAUUAUUAUUAUUAUUAUUAUUAUUAUUAUUAUUAUUAUUAUGAAAUUGUGAAUUUUUAAAAGAAUAUUGUUUAAAAGAGCUACCGCCUACACAGUUCACCAUCUUCCCAUAGAUGGCGCUGUUGUCCUUAAAUACAUAAAAAUUCUUAAAAUAAUUUUUUAAAGACUAUUAUUAUAAGUAUUAUGACCAAACAUAGAGAUGGAACAUAUGUAUUAUUCUCACAAUAUCACAUAUCAAAUCAUUGCAGAAGUAUUAUUAUCAAUAGUAUUAUUUUUGGAACUGGACUGAAAUAGAUGAAAGGGUUUUUUAAAAAAAAGUCUCUCAUUAGUAUUAUACAAUACAGGGCUUUGUGGCAUGUUUUUGAAUGUCAUUUUAUUCAUAUAUUAAAACAUACAUGUAUUAAUUGUAACAAUAUUACUUUUAAUAAGAGAUGUACACAUGCACUUUUAUUUUUUUCAUAUUGUCAGUUUUCUUUCUUGAAAUUUUUUUUUAUAUAGAGUAUACUAUACAAUAUGCUGUUAUUAAAGGAUCUAUAUGGGUUUUUUUAUUAAUGCAUUAACAUAUACUAUAUGAACAUUGAUGUUACCUGUAAUAAUGAAGGAACAUCUGUAAAACCUAACAUACUAAAUGGUAUAAAUGACA